AUGUCUGGAGGCGGGAAAGAUCGCAUUGCCGUCUUUCCAUCUCGAAUGUAAGUAAUGUAAAUAUUAUGAGGUAAAUGAUUUUAAAAAUUCAGGGCCCAGAGUUUAAUGAAGACCCGGUUGAAGGGAGCUCAGAAGGGCCACUCUCUGCUCAAAAAGAAAGCGGAUGCCUUGAAUAUGAGAUUCAGAGAGAUCCUUAAGAAGAUCGUUGAAGUAGGUACCUACUGCGUUGUAUUGAUUUUAUUUAUUUUUAGAAUAAGGUACUGAUGGGUGACGUUAUGAAAGAAGCAUCAUUUUCACUGGCAGAAGCUAAAUUCACUGCUGGCGAUUUUUCUCACACAGUUAUCCAGAACGUAUCACAAGCACAAUAUCGUGUUAGAAUGAAGAAGGAGAACGUUGUUGGUAUGUGUUUCUAUGUUUAAACAUUUUUAGAGGUCUUCUCUUCUUUACUCUGUUACUUCAGGUGUAUUUUUACCGGUGUUUGAAAGUUAUUCGGAUGGGCCAGACGCUUAUGAUCUUACCGGUUUGGGAAAGGGAGGUUCUAAUAUCACCAAGCUGAAAAAAAAUUACAGCAGAGCUGUGGAAUUGUUAGUGGAGUUGGCCACUCUUCAGACAUGCUUUAUCACUCUUGAUGAAGCUAUCAAAACGACUAACAGGAGAGUCAAUGCCAUUGAACAUGGUAUGUCAUAAACGAUUUGAUUUGAAACUCGAAUUUAGUAAUCAUUCCCAAGAUCGAAAAUACUUUGACAUAUAUUGUUACUGAGCUGGAUGAAAUGGAAAGAGAAGAGUUCUUUAGGUAUGUUUAUCUUAAGUUUUCAUAUAGCCGAAUUUAGAAUGAAAAAGAUUCAGGCCAAGAAGAAGAAGGACAGAGCUGAAGCCGAUGAUCGCGCUAUUAAAGCGCCAGAGGAUGGGAAAGCCCCAAAAAGUCUUUUGGACAACGACGAUGACUUACCAGUCUUGUUCACUUAA